AUGGAAAUUAAGUUUAAUGAAAAUGAAAAAUUGCAAUCACACUGUACACAAAUGGAGGAAUUGUUUACACAACUCAAAAACGGAGGAUCCACCCUGUCAGAGGAAGAAAAGUGUCAACUUUGUCAAAGAGAGAUUGCUGGGGGAAGAGGAGAAAAGAAAGAAAACAAAAUCAGAGGAGAACAGCUGUCAACAAUGCUUUCCUGUGCUACAACUGGUGUUUGCCGGGCCAUAAGAAGUUUCAAUGCCGUAAUAGAGGGAGAGGACGUUACGGACCAGCCCGAGGAGGUAAUGCAGGACGAGGGCGUGGACAUGGCAGAGGACGAGGACAAUAUAGGGGACACCACCAUGAAAAGAACCAUCACACAUUCCUGUCAACAGUUGAAGAAGAGGAGGCACCGCUGUGUAUUAGUGAGAAAAGAGUCUUAUUUUACUAUUAAAAAUGUUUAUUAUGUCCCUGAUUUAAGAAAGAACUUAUUGUCAGUAUUUAAAAUGGAAAACCAUGGCUUUAGAGUAGAAUUUUACAAAGGAAAGAUCCGAAGCACGGCCAGCAUCCGCAGCACCAUCCCCAGCACCACCAGCAUCGCCGGCGAUAAACCAGCAGCCACGUGGACCGCGUACGCGAGGAGGUCGCCGUGGGCGACGGGGCCUGCGUACGCGGGGUGGACGUCGUGUGGGUGGGUCACCACAGGUGCCUGUGGUGGACGAGGUGCCUGUGGUGGACGAGGUGCCUGUGGUGGACGAGGUGCCUGUGGUGGACGAGGUGCCUGUGGUGGCUGGCCCCACGGGGUUACAGCCACCUGCAGUGGCUGGCCCCUCAGGGCUACAGUCACCUGCAGUGGCUGGCCUAUUACCAGCAAUGAGAAGCGCGAGGCAGCGGGGUCGUGGACGGGUCCACCAACGCCCGGGCCCUUACAACCU